AGGACUUACUCCCUCUCGAGAACGUGCCACGGAUCGGCAACUGAUUUUCAGAAAAGUUGUUGACACUCUGUCGGACGGUUGUUUCUCUAUCACGUUUCAAAACGCUCAAAACAAAGUUUAACCAAACUCAAGUUCCGAAGGACCAUCGGGAAGAAGAAAGAAGACCUCUCUCUCUUCCGAAAAACGGAAAAAUUAAUUCCGUGAUGACGAACGUGAACGGCUAAAGGGCGACCGAAGGAAUAAUUCUUUGCCUUUGAAGUGCAUUGAAAUAUAAAAUUGCAAAUAAAAGAUGUGGCAGGUUCCAUCGACUUUUAGCGUUUUAAUGAUACUGAUUGUAACAAGACUGACAGAAGCUGACUAUUACAAAUAUGAUCAAAGUCAGUAUCGGGAGAGUGUUACUCCUUUCAAGUGUACAGAACAGGGUUAUCAUCCCGAUCCACGUGACUGUAAGGUUUACUACAGAUGUGUGGAUUGGGGUAAUAGCGGUCCGCUGACGACCUUCAAGUUUGAGUGCGGAGUAGGCACAGUAUUUUCAAAAGACAAGGGAGAUAUCUGCACACAUCCGGACGAUAGCGGACGACCUGAAUGUGCUGGAUCCGAAAAUGAACUCGACUCAAAUUUGAACGAAAAUCCAGAAAAUCCUUCUCCAAUAUGGACAACAGAAAGAACAACUACACGACCUAAACCGGUCACGACGCAAGAUUCCGAGCGAUCUACAACCACAUCUGGAAUUAUUACAACAACUAAAAAAUCAGAAACACCGCAGUCAUCAACUGCAGACCAAUCGGACAAUGCUAUUAGCAAUUGUAAAAAUAAAGUCCAAUGCUCACAAGAAGGAUUUUUAGCCGACAGCUGUGAUUGUAAAAAGUUUUAUAGAUGCGUAGACAAUGGCUCCGGAAAAUUCAUAAAAUAUGAUUUUACAUGCGGCGUAGGAACAGUUUGGGAUCCAAAGAUUCAAGGAUGCAAUCACGCCUGGGCUGUUCUGAGAAAAGAUUGUAGACAAAGCUUGGAAAGUGGAAAUGAUGUCGAUACUGGCGGACAAUGGAAUGGAGAUAAUAAUGGACAAUGGAACGGAGAUACAGGAGAUAAUGGUGGACAGUGGAAUGGUGAUAACAGUGGAGACGAAUGGAAUGGAGAUAUUGGCGGGCCGAACCAGCCAGGACAACCUGGAGAUCCUAAUGGUCAACCGGGACAACCAGGCUCUCCAGGUUAUCCAGGAAUAUCGGGAUCUCCAGGAAGUCCAGGAACACCAGGGUAUCCAGGAACACCCGGAUCUCAAGGAAGUCCAGGUACUCCAGGAAGUUCAAACUCUCCAGGUUAUCCAGGAACAUCGGGAUCUCCAGGCAGUCCAGGAAGUCCGGGCACGCCGGAAAGUCCGGGCACUCCAGGUUAUCCAGGCACUUCGGGAAGACCAGGCAUGCCAGGAAGACCAGGCACACCGGGAAGUCCAGGAACACCGGGAAGCCCAGGAACAUCGGGUAGUUCAGGCUCACCAGGUUAUCCAGGAACACCGGGAUCUCCAGGCAGUCCAGGCUCACCAGAUUAUCCAGGAAUAUCGGGAUCUCCAGGAAGUCCAGGAACACCAGGGUAUCCAGAAACACCGGGAUCUCCAGGAAGCCCAGGCACAUCGGGAAUUCCAGACACACCAGGAAGCUCAAGUUCUUCUCCUGACAUUUCAAACUCUUCUGACAAUCAAACAUUAACAGGUUCUUGUAAAAAAGAAGGCUUCUUUGGUGAUCCUAAUGAUUGUAGCAAGUUUUAUAGAUGCGUCGGUGAUGGCACGUCUUUCACAAAAUAUGAAUUUCAAUGUGGAAUUGGAACAGUGUGGGACUCAUCUGUUCAGAGUUGCAAUCAUGCUUAUGCAGUACCACAAUGCAAUCAACAAAGUAGUAUAGUUACACCUACACCUGAUACAUCACUAAAUGAAAUAGAAAACACUCCAGGAAGUUCAAGCUUGCCGAGCUAUCCGGGAACAUCAGGUACACCGGGAAGUCCAGGUACACCAGGAAGUCCAGGCACGCCGGGAAGUCCAGGCACACCAGGUUAUCCAGGCACUCCAGGAAGACCAGACACAUCAGGAAGUCCAGGCACGCCAGGAAGUCCAGGCACACCAGGAAGUCCAGGCACGCCAGGAAGUCCAGGCACACCAGGUUAUCCAGGCACUCCAGGAAGACCAGGCACAUCAGGAAGUCCAGGCACACCAGGAAGUGCAGGCACGCCGGGAAGUCCAGGUACACCGGGAAGUCCGGGCACGCCAGGAAGUCCGGGCACGCCGGGAAGCUCAGGCACACCAGGUUAUCCAGACACUCCGGGGAGACCAGGCACACCAGGAAGUCCGGGCACACCAGGAAGUCCAGGCACGCCGGGAAGUCCGGGCACGCCGGGAAGUCCGGGCACGCCGGGAAGUCCGGGCACGCCGGGAAGUCCGGGCACGCCGGGAAGACCGGGCACGCCGGGAAGACCAGGCACACCAGGAAGUCCAGGCACACCGGGAAGUUCAGGCACACCAGGAAGUCCAGGCACUCCGGGAAGACCAGGCACACCAGGAAGUGCAGGCACACCAGGUUAUCCAGGCACUCCGGAAAGACCAGGCACACCAGGAAGUGCAGGUACACCGGGAAGUCCAGGCACGCCGGGAAGACCAGGCACAUCAGGAAGUCCAGGCACACCAGGUUAUCCAGGCACUCCGGGAAGACCAGGCACACCAGGAAGUGUAGGCACACCGGGAAGCUCAAGUUCUUCUCCUGACAUUUCAGAUUCUUCUGAUAAUCAACCAUUAACAGGUGCUUGCAAAAAAGAAGGCUUUUUUGCUGAUUCUAAGGAUUGUCAAAAGUUCUACCGAUGCGUUGGAGACGGAACGUCUUUUACAAAGUAUGAAUUUCAAUGUGGCACUGGAACAGUUUGGGACUCAUCUCUUCAAACUUGUAAUCAUGCGUAUGCUGUAUCUCAGUGUAAUCAACAAAGCGGUGUAGUCACUACACCUGACACGUCACUAAAUGAAAUAGAUAAUACUAAUAUACCAGAUACGAGUAUAUUGCCCCCAGUGCAAUCUCCAGAAAGCUCUACUAUUCUAUCAACAUCUUCCGAGUCUAAUAUAGAUUCAACUCAAGGUAGCAUUUCCAUUACGCCAUCUCAAACGUCAAUUUCGUAUCUGCCACCUACGACUAGUUCUCCAUCAACAACACAAGUUACCGAAUCUAUUUCUUAUUUACCUCCUACAACUCAAAUGAGUACUUCCGUAUCUUACUUACCACCUUCAAACAGUAUUACAACAAGUAGCACAUCACCUGGAUCAACACCUGGAUCUGUUUCAUAUUUGCCACCUGACGCUAGUGCAACUGAAAAUGCGGAAUCUACAAGUACUUUACCAAGUUCUUCAUCUCAAGGCGGAAAAUUUGAAUGUAAUAAAGAAGGUUUCUUUCCAAAUCCCGAUGAUUGCAAAAAAUUCUAUCGCUGUAUACAAAGUCAAUCCGGUUAUCAGAAAUACGACUUCCAGUGUGGUCCCGGUACAGCAUGGGAUCAAAGUAUACAAACGUGUAAUCAUAUUGAACAAGUAGCCUCAUGUUCUACGACUAACAACGAAAUUGAUCAAAGUUCCAAACCUAUCACCUCUAAUUCUCCAUCUGAAUCUACUGCUACGAGUAGCACUUCAGUUAUUGAAUCUAGUCAAACCACUGCGACUACAUCAGUUUCAAUCACUACAGAAAGUACUACAAUUGCUAGUACUACAGAUGAAACAUCUAAAAAACCAUCUACACCAGAAACAAAUAAAACGGAAAUUUCGUCAACUGUAACGACGUCUGCUACUAGUAGUAGUGAAACAUCUGUUCCAGAAAAACCAGAAGAAAUUCAAACGCCAGAAAGCUCCAGCAUGGAAAGUUCAUCCGAAUCUUCAUCCGAAUCUUCAUCUUCGUCUACGUCUGAAUCAAGCGAAGAAACAUCUUCGUCUACCGAAUUGCACAUGCCGGAUUGUACAACACGAAAGCCUAACAAUACGAUAGUGUGCAACCAACAAGGAUUUUAUCCACAUCCAACUCGAUGUGAUAAGUUCUACCGAUGCGUCGAUAAUGGCAACGGUUUUAACGUGUAUCACUUUGACUGUGCACCAGGCACUAUUUUUGAUCCUAGCAUCAGCGUAUGUAAUUAUCCUGAAUCCGUAUAUCCUGCAAGAGAUUGUACAUCUGGAGAUGCCGCGUCUACAACUCCAAGCAGUGCUUCGGCGGAACCCACAGCUCAAUCUACAUCAACAGAGGCAACUACUGCGCAAAGCGAAACUCAACAAACGGAAGAAAGCACAACUACAGAAUCUGAAACGACGGAAGAAAGCACUACCGCUUCUAGCACAGAAUUAACAACGUCCGAAAUAUCAGAGGUUACAGAAAGCACUGAGUCUACGAGCGAAUUAACUACUGCCGUAACAGAAACUGCUACUGGCACUAUUGAAGAGACUACCGAAACUACAACAGAAUCGAUGGUAUCUGAAACAUCUACUACUGAGUCUCAAGAACAAUCCACGACGGAAUCUCAGGAGCAAGAAUCAUCGAGCGCGGAAACUCAAUCGACAACAGAGUCUCAAGAACAAUCGACAACAGAGCUUCAGGAACAAUCCACUACACAGUCUCAAGAGCAAUCGACAACAGAGUCACAAGAGCAAUCCACAACAGAGUCUCAAGAACAAUCGACAACAGAGCUUCAGGAACAAUCCACUACACAGUCUCAAGAGCAAUCGACAACAGAGUCACAAGAGCAAUCCACAACAGAGUCUCAAGAACAAUCGACAACAGAGCUUCAGGAACAAUCCACUACACAGUCUCAAGAGCAAUCGACAACAGAGUCACAAGAGCAAUCCACAACAGAGUCUCAAGAACAAUCAACCACUGAAUCAGAAUCAACGACGACGGAACCAGGAGCCGCAACACCUUGCGCUAUAGGUAAUCUAACUGACGAUCAAAUAGCCUUAGUUUGUCCUACCGGAUUCAGAAGACAUCCAAAAUAUUGCAAUCUUUUCUACCAAUGUACAUCCGAGGGAAACAUGGAAAUUAAGAUACUCGUAUUAACCUGUCCCGAGAACACUAUCUUCGACGAGCAAAAAAUUCAAUGUCUACCCGAAGACAGAAGCAGUCAGCCGUGCACAGGCGCCAGAGCUAGUGCCAGAUUUUACAGAAGACUAGAAGAUAACGACAUAUCUCCCAUGAAGGUGUCAUCGAAUGUGCUUUGUCCGUCGGAAGGACAUUUUCCUCAUCGGCAAGGUUGCAGUAGCACUUUUUACAAAUGUAAACGCGACGUUCAAAAUACUUUACAAGGAUAUCUCUACAAAUGUCCCGAGGACUUUGUUUACUGGUCGGUAUCGAGAAGAUGCGAACGUGCAACGCGUCUUCCCAUGUGUUCGCACUUGGCGUACAGAAACAAAAUCAACUGGAACGACCAAUGGCAAAUACCAAUAGAGAACUUCAAUCUUUCCGCCAGAAUGUUGCGUUACUUUUAAAUCGAUAACACUGCCUCUUUUGUCUUCAGAUUCACUUAUUAAGUAUAAUUCAUAAGUUUGCCAUAGAUAUUUAUAUAGAAACCAUAAAUCCUCAGGUUAGUUACUUAAAAUUACAAAACAAUGUAAUUGAUGGAAAUAAUUGAGUAUCUUGUAAGAAAUUUUAACAAGACUGCUUUUAGUGCGAACUAGCGUUGAAUUGUUGCGCUAGAUAUACGCGAAUAAAUGUCUAAAUAUUUGAUCGAUAUUAUCACUUUCACACUGUUCAUGAAAUUUCCAUGAAUGUAAAUUUUUCUGACAAAGUGGAAAAAAGCUUUUUUGUUUUGAUCUUAUACCGAUACAGAGAUUUAUUUCCAUUGGUGCAAUAUAUGUUACGAUUUUUAUCAUUUUUAUGAUUUUUACUUUUUUACAACAUGGCUGUUGAAGAUCAUUCUCUAUAUCAAAUAUUUUAACACUGGAUCUUCGACAGCCAUCUUGAAGUAGUGAAUAUUUAAAUAAUUAAAUGAUCAUAGAAACUUUCAAUUCACAGUAAUCAUAUAUGAUAGCAAGUGAAUAAUUAAUUCAAAACAAAUUUGACUAUUUGACGCAGCAAGUCGACUGGAAGACAUAGUUGAUCGAAACUAUGCUUUUUUUUAUUAACUAGAAUAAGAUGUUAUUUAUUUUGCAAAUAUUUUGUGUAUACUUUUCGAAAAGUUUUACUCAUUAUCAUAUCAUUUAAAUAUAUAAAACAAAAUCAUUUACCAAGAUAAAACAAAAAGUAGAGAAAAAGCAUUAUAGUAAAAAAAUAAAUAAAUAGAUUCUGUCGGAUUAUCAAAACUUUGUUAUUUGCCACACAUGUACGUCACUAUGUGAUAUUUCUACACUGAGGAUGGUUGCAAGACUUGUAUGCAAUAUUUUGUGUAUGUAAAAUUAAUGUAUUUCUAUUCAUAUAUUACACUACCAAAAAAAAUGUUUGAUUUUUUUGCUGUUUGUGUGUGAGAUGUUUAUGAAAAAAGAUAUAAUAAUUAGAAUCUUCUCCGAUAUUUAUCCUAUCUUAUUCAAGUUUCUAAAUUCUGUGUAUAUAGGGUAACUUCGGUAUAUAAGUCGCACCUAUCGAAAACUUAAUUUAUCAAAUAGUAUUUAUAAUGUUAAAGACAAAUUAACUAUAUCAAU